AUGCAUAUUCGUUCCUUUCAUUCAUCAUCGAUCCUAUAUGAUGAUAAAUCGAAAAUAGAAAAAACCGUCGAUUUGUUAAAAGAGAAAGCCGAGAAGGACAAAGCCCAGCUAGCAGCGUCCGCUCCGUCAACCACUGCGAGUCCAACGGUUGCAACGACCACAAUAACUGCAGGCGAUCAAGUCGUCCCGAAACGUAAAUCGCUUUGGGAACGAAUUGUUCACGAAUUAAAACAUUAUUAUAAUGGGUUUAAACUAUUAUUCAUCGAAACGAAGAUCGCCUUUCGACUCUUAAGACAAGUUCUAAACGGUCACACGUUAACACGACGAGAACGAAGACAGUUUACUCGCACUUCUGCUGAUUUAUUUCGAUUGGUUCCAUUUUCUGUCUUUAUCAUCGUUCCAUUCAUGGAAUUUACAUUGCCAAUCUUUUUGAAACUUUUUCCAAAUAUGUUGCCAAGUACAUUCAAAGAGGCGAAUAAAGAGCAAGAAAAGUUGAAGAAACAAUUGAAAGUCAAAUUAGAGGUAGCAAAAUUUCUUCAAGAUACUUUGGAAGAAACAGCUUUGAAAUCGACAAAGAAACGUUCGGACGACACGUUAACGAAACAAUUCGCUGAAUUCAUGCAAAAGAUUCGUUCUACCGGUGUUCAACCAUCAACAGAAGAUAUUAUGAAAUUUUCUUCUUUAUUCGAAAAUAAAUUAACAUUGGAUAACCUCGACCGUCCACAACUAGUUGGCUUAUGUAAACUUCUUGGCAUAUCGACUAUCGGUCCCGAUUAUUACUNGUGUUCUCCAUGUCGAAAUGUAUGUACAGUAAAAAUUUCAGGUCUCUAUCACAUUGUUCUGAAGAGAUAUUACGAAAAUACUGCAUGUGGGCGACCGCUGAAAAAAUUCAAAAAUUGA